CCACCGCCGGGCUCCCCAGUCGGCGCUGCCUGCGGCUGCCGGGCUGGCUGACAGGAGCGCCCCGGAGGGAGCGAUGGGGGAGCGCGGCCGCCGGGGCCCCUGAGACCCCGCCGCGCCCCAGCCCCGGCCUCCGCCAUGGAGCUGGAGCCGCCCGGCGAGCACCCGGAGCCGCGCGCCGCCGCCGGGGGCAAGGGGUCGCCCCGCAACGGAUUUUGUCGAGAGUCUUCAACAGAACAUGAUCCUCCACCUACUACAGAUGUCGAACAGAUGAGUUUUUCAUCACCUGUGCUUCCCAUGAACUCUGUGGGCAAUGACCGGGUUGAUCAGCGAACCUGCCUUAUCUGUGGAGACAGAGCUACAGGUCUGCACUAUGGUAUCAUCUCCUGUGAAGGCUGCAAAGGGUUUUUCAAAAGGAGCAUUUGCAACAAGCGGGUUUACAGAUGCAGUCGAGACAAGAACUGUGUCAUGUCACGCAAACAGCGAAACAGAUGCCAGUAUUGCAGGCUGCUCAAGUGCCUCCAGAUGGGGAUGAAUCGGAAAGCAAUCAGAGAAGAUGGCAUGCCAGGAGGCAGGAACAAAAGUAUUGGACCUGUCCAGAUAUCAGAGGAGGAGAUUGAAAGAAUUAUGUCUGGACAAGAAUUUGAGGGGGAGGCAAACAUCUCUUGGAGUAACAAUGGAGACAGUGACCAUAGUUCUCCUGGAAAUGGAGUUUCUGAGAGCAACCAGCCAUCACCUGUUUCUACUCCGUCUUCAAGUAGGUCUGUGGAGCUGAAUGGAUUCACUGCACUCAGGGAUCAAUAUAUUGGGACUCCAGUGUCCACGCACUAUCAGUACCUACCGCACCUUUUUAACUAUUCUGCUCACUCGGCUCUGAUGCCCCCACAGACCCGAAGCCUAGAUCCCCAGUCACAUAGUCUUAUCAAUCAGUUAGUGUCAGCUGAGGACCUGGAACCACUUGGCACUCCAAUGCUUAUUGAAGAUGGGUAUAAAGUGACUCAGGCAGAGCUGUUUGCAUUGCUGUGUCGUCUGGCAGAUGAGUUGCUUUUCAGGCAGAUUGCUUGGAUUAAGAAGCUGCCAUUCUUCUGUGAACUCUCAAUCAAGGACUAUACUUGCCUGCUAAGUUCCACUUGGCAGGAGCUGAUUCUGCUGUCCUCACUAACCGUUUACAGUAAACAGAUCUUUGGUGACCUUGCUGAUGUAACCUCCAAGUACUCUCCCUCUGAUGAUGAGCUGCACAGAUUCAGUGAAGAGGGAAUGGAGGUGAUGGAACGGCUGAUCUACCUCUACCGCAAAUUUAACCAGUUGAAGGUCAGCAAUGAGGAGUACGCGUGUAUGAAAGCCAUUAACUUCCUAAAUCAAGACAUUAGGGGCCUGACUAAUACAUCCCAACUGGAGCAGUUGAAUAAACGGUAUUGGUACGUGUGCCAGGAUUUUACGGAAUACAAGUACCCACAUCAGCCAAACCGUUUUCCAGAUCUAAUGAUGUGUUUGCCAGAGAUACGAUACAUUGCAGGAAAAAUGGUGAAUGUUCCUCUGGAGCAGCUUCCCCUCCUUUUUAAAGCCGUUCUGCAUUCCUGCAAGACAAGUGUGAGCAAAGAGUGAGCCUUCAUUGCCCCGAACCCAUGCCUUACUCUGGUGCUUCAGGUGGGAAACUGGCUCACACGUGAAGAGAGAGGGGGGAAAAAAACCAUGAUCAAGGCAGUAGAGAGCUGCUGAGACAGGGUGGCAGGUAGCCCUGUCAUUGUAGCAAGAAUCUUUUUUUUGUUUUUUAAACUCUUUUCCUAUAUAUUUAUUUCACGACAGAGUUGAAUGUAUGAUCUUCAACACAGUGCACAUGGUUCUGUAUGAAUGCAGCAGCUGCAUUCUCUUGCAGUUUACAGAAUGUGAAGAUGUUUAAUGUUACAGUGUUUGUUAGGGUUAGUUCUUUUGUAUUUGUGGGACUGGGGGCCGAUAUGACUAAGACUACCUCAAUGAGAAGAUGCUGUUCAUGUACUGAUCAUUUCAUGAUUCAUAUCCAAAGUUUUUGCCUAGAGAGCAAACUGCCUCACUCCACUGGGAGAACUAUUAGCAUCCCAAAUGUUGGAGCAUAUUGAAGGAGUGUGGGCAUCAGAGAAGUGCCAAGCUUCAAAAAAGAUAAGUGGGGGCAAAGGUGUUACCCCAAAACCAGAAUUUGGGUACCCCCAGAAUAGCCAACCUGUUUGUUAUAACCAAUCUGUUCUCAUUAAGUGUGGGUCUCCAGGGUGGCUAAGGGAAUACUUGGAGGACACAGAUAUAGCCGUGGAUAAAUGAUUAACACAAGCAGUGUUCCAAAACAAGGCACCUUUUGUUGAACAAUUUCUUGACACAGUAACAAUCUAAACACAAAUCCCUUACAACAAGUUAGAGCACCUCAAACCACAUUGCUUUAUAGCUUGAAAUGAUACUGAGCGGAUGCUCCCUGCUUCAGAUGGUCAGUCCGUCACAGGUAGCUGACAGCCAUUUUUAGAUGUCCAUUAGCUUUUACAUGUAUAAAUCCCUUUCACAGUCAAUACACAUGCAUACAUCUGUAUUUAACCCCCCCCCCCGCCCCCGCACACACACAAACACUAGGCUAGGCUAUAACUAUACCGGUUACUCUGUCUGACCUUACUCAGCUGACAGCACAGUAUAUUUUCCUGUUUUCUUUCUCUCUCCACUCCUCUGCUGCGUCCUUCUCUUCUCCCACUGCUUACUGCUGCUUCUCCUUCGUCUCACCCUCACCUCUUUCGCGCCUCCCUCUGCCUUCUCGGCUCUCUGCUCAGCUGCCUUCUCAACCUUUCAACUGUCAGCUGCUGCUGACUUUUAUACCCUACUUUGCUAACAGUCACACAUCAGUCAUUCCAGUUGGCCGUUAUUUACCUCAGUGUUAUGAUCUGUCAUUUGUUGUUUACCACUUUUUUUCCUGCCAAUUCCUAAUGCUACGUGACCUGCAGCUGUCAGCCAGUGGUGGAGUGACUUUUGCUUAUUCAAAAUGGAAGCCAGGAAUCUAGGGAUUUCAAAAUGGAGUUUCUCUGGAAUCAGAGGGAGAAAUUAAGACUUUUUUGGUCAACUAGCUAAACUUCAUCAGUUUUCAUAUGCAGCUCUCAUGAUGUAAAUUGGAUCCCCCUGAAAUUCUGUCAUGAGAAUUGCAGCAUUCCAAGGCUGAGAGAGACCCCUAGCCCACAUUCCCCUUCCCAAGACGAUGCAGAAUUGUUCGUUCUCUCUCCCUCUCUCUCUCUCUCCAACUGAUGCAUGAUUAUUCCCUCACGACUCUCCUACCAAACUGGAAUUGUGUCGUAAUUAAUAACAGCCUUUGAAGAGGGAGGCUGAAAUAAACUGGCAGACUGCAAAUAAUUUAAUUAUUGGCUAAAUGCUGUCUCUUAGAAUCACAAACUGGAAAAGCAUUCUAAGAAACUGGGGCAAUAUAUGUUCUCCAUGGCUAGAUCUGGCCUUGUUUUUAAAUUACUCCAGUGAAGAGGAUUUCCUACUACGGUAGUUACAAGUAAUUCACAUCAGCGAACACUUCAAACCUAGAAGCUUCUAUCCCUCCUGUGGAUAAAAUAAAUGACUUCUGAUAAGAGAUUUCAGUGUUCUUUGCUAUUGGGUGUCUGUUGAACCCUGGAGAACAUAUGGGUAUUAACCAAGUCCUGCAUGUACCAUUUUAUUGCUUGGAGGGGAGAGUAGUAGAAAAACCUGGCUCUUAGUGCAAUUCAUGUAUAUUAUUUUGUUCUAAUUCUCCCAGAAUUUAGAUGUUCCACCCAAUAACUUCAGUCACUUGCAUUACAUCAAAAAUACUUGAAUUGCUGCUGUUCAGCUGUUUGAUUAACAACAUGUAUUACUGUCCAUUAAGCCUCAGUGUCCUCCAUGGCUUCCUAUAUCCACACGAUUGCUAGCUGGAGAAGAUUUCUUUCCCUGUUUCCAUCAUUCAUAUAUUUAUGAAAUCCCACUCAUUCUAAUAGGCAGCCAUGUUGCCUUUGCUGAAUUUUCUGCUGGGACCCUUCGUUGUAAAUCUGUUGUUUUGAGUGGUUACAUUAGGCUGAUUGAGACAUUUUUGAAUGUUAAAGAACCUGCUAUUUUUAAACUACCUUGAGUUCUUCAGGAAACAACUUCUGCUUUUCUGGGGUGGGAAAAACCAUUCUUACAUCCUGUCCAGUCAUGACACAUCAAAGUGUAUGGCACAAAUUAAAUAUGUGGUCAGGAGAAGCUUGUUCUUCUGAACAAGCACCUGCUCUCCACUGAAGUACUGUACCUGCUAGUGGGUAGAAAUGAACUGGGUGAACAGCAGAAGCAUAUCAUUCAGUCAACCCCAAAUGCUACCUACAGACUAGUGUAAUAGCAACCCAACAGUCAUUGGAACUUGCUAGCUUGGCACAUCUCUAGGUUAGUCAACAGUUAUUCUGUACAAUAAGUGCAAAUGGAUCCUGCCUCCAAGAGAUGAAGACUACUCCAUCCAAAACCAUCUCAGCAGAGACAAGCUGUUGACUAACCAUGUAGACCAAAGGCAGUGUUGCUCUCUUUAGUUCUGCUUUGUGAAUCUUCCCACUUGAUUGAUUCCCUUGCUUUAGGUAGUCCACUAGCUGCUGAUAUACACUUUUGUAAAAUAAUAUGUUACGGGUAACAGCUGCUGGGAUCAGCAGAAGUCCACUUUUAUAUCACUUGACGAAUCCAAAGUUAGUUUCAUGAAUCUCAUUUGCUUUCUGUUUAUAAAAUGAGACAAGCACAUAUUUCUCAGGAAAGCCUUCUGCAUACAAUAUAUACCUCAAGUAUACAUGGGAAGAUUUUAGUGCAUCUGUUUAUUUCUAAGUUAGGAAGUAUUGCCAUCUUUAACUUUCAUUUUCAAAUAAUUCCACAUGAUACUUGUAUUACGGGUUAUUUUCUGGCUUGCUUACACAUUUCAGGAAUAGUUUAACUGCACAGAAGUAAUCUUAUUCCACAGUUGUUAGAUUAUUAAUUAUUGAUGAAUAAGGGUUUGUUUUAAUUAGAAGAUCUCUAUGCUAACAUUAGAAAACUUGUUUUUGCCAAAUACCUGACAAAAACAUCUAUUUUGUACUCUGUCCAAAACUAAUGGACUCCCCAGGAAAAUGCUGCACAAGCAAAGAUUUAAUAAACUUGAUGAUGAUGGGGAUGGAGGGGGGGAUGUGCUACUACUUGCAACUGUGUUAAUCAACAUUUAUCAAAAUGGUUUGGCAGCAGUAUCUGUUAACAAACCCCCUUGUAUCGCAGUGAGCAUAAAAGCUAUGCUAAAUUCAGAAGCAAGAACGAGACUAGCAUACCGAACCAGAACCUAACUCGCUGGACAGUCAUUAAUGUCUUCUGCACCAAGUCCUCUGACUUGUGUUUUUUAAACAGGGUAAAGUGAAUGUGUUGCAUUGCAAACUCAGGUAUUAUGAUGAGAAGAUAGGAAUGUAGCUAGAAAUGUAGUGACAUUAGGUCAGUCACUAGAUGUAUUUGUGAAUUUGGUUUGAAGGACAUCCUACAAAAGUUGGAAUUGUUUGUCCCAAUCUUCACAUAACAUUCGGUUUACAGGGAACCAUAUUUUAUUUGUGCUUACUGCUAGUUGGGUGGGGAUAUUCUUUAUCUUUGGUAUCUGCUCUUGCUUAUCUGGACUUCUGUCAUAGAAGACUCAAACAACAAUAAUCAUUUUUGGUGGAAUUUUCUGCCAAGACAAGUCAAUAUUUAUCUCUGGUUUGAAAGAUAACUCAAUUGACCCCAUCCUUUCCUUCAUAGUAUUUGUGCAAAUGUAAAUCUGAAGAGUUUUUUUUAGUCCAAAUAGAGAUUUUGGGAUAUAAAUUUGAAGUGCAUAUGCUCACAUAUUCAGAGGGGGACUCAGUCUGGGAAUCACAAAUGAACAAGUUUAAAGUUCUUGUAAUCUGCUCCAGGAAACGCUCCAGGUUUUAAGUAUCAUCUCUCACUAAUUACUGCAUUGCCAAGAAACUGCUGCUACCAGCGAAUGAUGUUACUCCAUUAGCUCAAGUGGCAAGGCCAAUGCUUUCAGUUCUAAAGGUACUGGACUUAAAUGCUAAUGACCUGGCACCACAGGCCAUGAUUAAAAGCCCGCUGAAGUCAGUUGGAAUCUUUCCAUUGGCCCUCAAUGCUGUGAAUAAGUCCAUAGAAACACAACUUGAGCUGAAAAAGUAAAUUUUUACUCCAUUAGCUUUAGCAGUAGUAGGCUUUUAUCCUCUGUGGGGACCAGCAACUAGAAGGGGACAUAACUCACAAGCCAAGUGUGUCAUGCCAGCAAGAAGAUCAAAGCCAGUUAUAUCUAUAAAUUGUUAGUUUCAUAAACACCAUGAACUUUGGGCUCUCACCAAGGGGGAGGGGCCUAUCAGGUUUGCACUCAGCAGCACUAAUACAAGGAGGCAAACUUGCAACCAGAGAUGACCCUAUGGCUGCCAAUAGUGGGGGGCGGGGGGGGGCAGAGUGAGGGCAGCAGCUUCAGCAGUGUUACUGAGCAUGCCCAGUACAAGCCAAUCAGCAAAUUGGGGGGGAAGGGGGAGCAUAUGACCUGCAUGACCCUCCCACCGUGUCACCUAUGCUUACAACCAUGUGUAACACGUUGUCUGUCUGUGUGACACUAAAUAUCCCUUUAGCACCAUUGGCGUCUAGAACGGUCUGUGCAUCAAAAAGUCUAGUUUCUCAGGUUGGGGCAUAGGCAACAAAGAACAGCAUUGUUCUGCUCUCAUUUCCUGCUGCUUGUCAGGUUUGUGUGUUGAAUUGCCUGUGGGGAAGACCAGAACCUUCCAUGGGUCAUUACAAAACACAGUGCAUGCAGGGAAGCUACCAGUGCAGCCCCAACAGUGCGCACACUGUGAAGAGAUGAAAUGCGUCUUCCUAAGCUGUGCCCAGCCACCUGAAUGUAUGAAAUACGAACCCCUAAUAGGUACCAUGUGGUAGGAAGAAGCUGACGUCUUUAUUACAAAUAUUAAUUUCACAUGCACACUUACCGCUCUUCGAAUGUUAAUAUCUUGGCCGCUUUAACCUUUUCCAGCUCACUCCUAAAGCCUUUAGACGAUACUAUAGAGUAACACUUGCUUUUCAGUGGUUGGUGUAGCUGUCCACUUUUCCACAUCUUCAGUUACUGAACUUUCUUAUCCACAGUUGCAUAGGCAUAAAGACCAAAGAGCAAAUCACAUGUUUUGAAAACUUAAAAAUGCAGCUCUUGUGGAUUAAAUGUUCAGUGUUGCUGUGUACAUAUGCCAGUUUAGAAGCUGAGUAUUGAAUACCCUCAUCACUGAAAUGAAAAUUACCUUACUGCUUCAGGUUUAUCAGUUCAGGUAUUUAUUGACCCCUCUUGAAUCUGCAAAAUUGGGCUGGACCUCUGUCAAGAGCAGAUGUUCUAAGAUUCACUUCCUGCUUCCAGCCAGCUCAGUGCCCCAGGGGAGCCUCUUCCCAAUGCUAUGGUGCUUUUGCUUCUUGUCAGAGCCUAAAAGUGCAAAUACAGCUGCAAAAUUGAGGUAUAGGAGGUUGGAGGUAACACCUCAGAGAGGUUCAAUUCAAGAGGUGGGCAAAGGGCUGGGGGGCCAAUUCUGCCUGAUCUGUUCCCAUGUCCCUACUGAAUAUGUGUGCCUGAGCACUAAGAGGGACUCUACUAUACACAUGGCUGACACGGAGAACCUGCUAACAUAAAUGAGAUUUUCACAACAAACGGGAUUUUCCCCUCUCCUGAGUAGGAAGACUGGAGACUGCUUUGAGUCUUGCUUGUUGUCUGCCCUGUAUGUCCCAUACUCCAUUAUGUUGCUGCAUUACAGGAUCUGUGUGCUGGUAUGAACAAACUCUUCAGACUUUGGCACAAAGCAGUGAUGAAGUCAUUUCUGCUUAUUGGUUUUAAAAGUCCAGUCCUUCAAACCAAUCUUUUUUUAAAAAACUUGAAUUUCUUUUAUCUUUAAUACUUUUUAAAAGGAAAACAACAACAAAAACCCCUCCUGUGAAUGUGCUAUCACCGUUGGUUCAUUUCUUCUUCAUCGUCCUUGGUUUUGAUUUGAAGCUAUGAAGCUCGGUGUCUGUGAUGAUAUUUCUGUAUUUCUCAGGAUAAGAAGCGGCAAUCAUCCCUGCCACAUAAAAGGCAGGAGAAGGGGGGAACUUGGGGAAGUAGUUUAAGUAUGAAGCCAAUUUGUAAGUUUUAGAUGAUUUGUAAAUCAAAGAUGACAAUACAUAAGAUGUCAGCAUCAAGCUGUGGCGUUUCUUUGGGUUCUCAGCGUGUUGCUUGCAACGCGCACAGAAGCUCAGGGAUAUGUAUUUAAAUGUGACCCACUGAAACCCUCAUCUUGAUGUUGCAACAGUAGCUUCUUUCAUGGCCUGUUUGGAAGCCUGUUAUAAUCUCAGUAAGCAUCUCCACAUCUGGAUUUUGGGAACAAAAAUCUGGCUUUAUCUGUGCGGAGUUCUUACAUCAGUGGCUUGUGUACAGUCAGUAACAACAAAUAACAAUUUCCUUCGGAUCUACUUUGCCUGUUCUAAGCUAUUGCAAAUCUGUAAGAAGACACCUUGAGUUACAUCAGUUCAGAUGCUGUGACUGCAUGGAUUAUAAUCAUUAGUGUUGUCAGUCUGUCAGGGCAAACUGGUGAGAGAAUACUGAUGUGUGGACAGGAGAAAAUGUCCAAGAUGGUUGCAAACUGCAGGGGAAAUCAUGGGAUGGCCUGGAGGUGUCCUGUAAAAACCCCUCCCCCCCAUUAAGGCUUCACUAAACUUAACAAAAAUAAUAAAAUAUAGAAAUGCCCUCCCUCACCCCAAUGUACCCAGCAGUGCUCUCUGCUGAUCUUGACAGCCCUAGGUGUUGCAUUAAAGAUGCCCAUCAAGUGAUUAAAAAAAUUAAUUGCAAUUAAUCGCACUGUUAAUAAUAGGAUAACAUUUAAAUAUUUUUGGAUGUUUUCUACAUUUUCAAAUAUAUUGAUUUCAUUUACAACACCAGAAUACAAAGUGUACAGUGCUCACUUUAUAUUUUUUAUUACAAAUAUUUGCACUGUAAAAAAAACAAAAGAAAUAGUAUUUUUCAGUUCACCUAAUACAAGUACUGUAGUGCAAUCUCUUAAUCAUGAAAGUUGUACUUACAAAUGUAGAAUUAUGUACAAAAAAACCGCAUUCAAAAAUAAAACAAUAUAAAACUCUAGAACCUGCAAGGCCACUCAGUCCCCUGGAAUGGUGGAUGAAGCAUGAAAGGAUAUAUGAAUCUUUAGCGCAUCUGGCACAUAAAUAUCUUGCAACGCCAGCUACAAUAGUGCCAUGUGAAUGCCUGUUCUCGCUGUCAGGUGACAUUGUAAACAAGAAGCGGGCAGCAUUAUCUCCUGUGAAUGUAAACAAGCUUGUUUAUCCAAGUGAUUGGCUGAACAAGAAGUAGGACUGAGUGGAUUUUUAGGCUCUGAAAUUUUACAUUGUUUUGUUUUUGAAUGCAGUUAUGUAACCAAAAAAAUCUACAUAUGUAAGUUGCAUUUUCACAACACAGAUUGCACUACAGUACUUGUAUGAGAUGAAUUGAAAAAUACUAUUCCUUUUGUUUGUCAUUUUUACAAUGCAAAUACUUGUAAUCGAAAAUAAUGUACACUUUGAUUUCAGUUACAACACAGAAUACAAUAUAUAUGAACAUGUAGAAAAACAUCCAAAAUAUGUAAUAAAUUUCAAUUUGGUUUCUAUUGUUUAAUAGUGCGAUUUUAAAACUGUGGUUAAUUGAGAUUAAUUUUUUAAUUGCAUUUAAUUUUUUUGAGUUAAUCACGUGAGUUAACUGCAAUUAAUCGAGAGCCCUAGUGACAACAUAAUCACGUUCUGAGAAAAUGCCCCCUGGUGCUCGGAGAGCUCCUGGCAGGCCGUACUGGAGAACACAGAGGUCCCAGAGCUGUAGUAACACUGGGCACUUCUGUAUUUCCCUCUUCCAAGCACUUUACAAAUGGCUUGUGCUUUCUCCUUCAAAAAUCUCAUUUUAAAAAUGUCAUAAAUACGGAAGAGAAUAAAAAUCAUGGUGCUCAUAGCCACGCCUUAAAAUGCCAGGCUCCAUGAUGAUACUCAUGAGAACUCUGCAGUCGUGCUCUUUUUGUAGAGUACAGCUUUCUCACUGCAGACCUCCUAGGGAUUAGGCAUUCAAACUGCUUGAGAAUUGUACUGAGGGAAUAGGACUGGUUUGGAUAUUCUAUGAUAUGAUCACCACAGGUCGUCGUCUCAGGGCUUGUCAAUAUGGAUGCUUUGUAUAAAUCUACAGCACAUCAGCCUGCUGUGCACUCACUAGCCCUUCCGGCUCCCUGAAAGGUCCCUCGUGCACUUUCCCUACUGAUGGUUGAAACAGUGGUAGGUCAAAGUACACUAGGGAACUUUUAGUGCACAGCUGCAUGGUCUAUACACAAACUUCAUGUGCAGCAGGCUUGUGCACUGUGGAUUUUACACCCUGGCUUGCUGUGCAGUGAGGGUCCAUAUAGAUAAGCCCUCAGACAGUGGCAGAAUGACAGAAUCCAACAAUGGUCAGCAGCCAUCCCCAGGGCUAGUGGGUUGUUUGUCUCAUCAGCCUGGUGUGCCAGUAUCUGGAAGCCUGAGCUUGGACUGUCCAUGCUCAGAGAUGUUAGCUUACUAUAGGUAUUAUUUUUUCACUGUGGCAGAAAAAAAGCCUGACUGUGCACUGACCUCUAACAAGUGCAUGAAAGAAGCAACAUGGUUGGGUGGAAGAAAUGCCACCAAAGGCAGAAAUAAACAAAUAAACCAAACCACAUGCCGAUCAGCCUCAGCAAAGCCUUUUGUGAUUCAUUGUUUUCUUUCAUUUUAUAAAAUGUCUUGUAAUAGUUGAUAACAUUAUUGACUCAAUUUCCAUAACAAAACUACCUCUUUGUGUGACAUCCUGUUUAUCAUCUCAAAGGGAUUGUGUGAAAAACAAAAUACUGCUCCUCUUUCUGUUUACAUGUUUCUGAUGAAAAAUGUGGAGUGAAAAUGUCUUGGGUUUUGUUGCCGUUUUGAUUUAGUUGUUGUUGGAUUAUUAGUCCUUUAACAAUUGCUGCAGCAGCAUUUGAAUGUUCGGGUGACAUUUUGUGAUUCUGUUGAUCAGAACUGGAACUCCAAGCACCACCAUGGUGGAAACAUCUACCGGGGCUGCUCAGGUUUUGCUGGAACUUUAGUGAGUUUCACUUAGGCCAUGGCCACCUUCAGGAUUUCCCAUGUCAGUCAGCCAUAUCACGGUACCAGUGCAAACCUCUAGCACGCAGGCACCAUCACUCUAAGCCCCAAUUUGUAUCAGCAGAGCUGUACUGGUGCAAAUCACCACAUGUCCCCAGUCAGCAAGAGACCAAGAAAACCAAAGCUCUGCACUUUCCUCCAGAGGGUGCCCAGGCCUCUCCAGGUUGGUUGCUAUCCUUUGCAAGGGCUGGCUGCAGCCCUUGCCCAACAUCUUCCUCUGGUUUGGUUUAACACACCAAGCAUGAGCCUGUUGAUGCAAAAUGCAGCUUUCACCAACUAAAUUGAAUUUCCUCUGUCACAGGCAUCUCGAAAGCCGUAGAACAGAGCCACACAAUGGGCACUGAACAGAUGCAUGAUAUGUAUGCGUUACAUUGGUAGCCAGGGAUUUCCUCAGGGUCCUUGUGCAUGUGUUCUAUGUUAGACGUUUACAGCUUAAGAAGAAAAUCAGUCCAGAAACCCUCCCAAUUGCAUUGGCCCUUUGUCUCACCUGUUCCAUGUGGCAUAUCCGUAGUGAAUGUGCCUUCUCCUUGCAUUGGGACUGGGCCCUGUCAAUAGAGGUGCUAUAGGGAAUGUGUUUUCAUUCAUCAAGCACAGCAAAACAAUUCAUUUUUCCCAUGAUCCCUUGCAUAAAUCAGGGAAGCAGGAUGUCACCUCAACAUAACUAAUAGUGAGCGUUUAGCUGUUAUGUUUAACAUGCUCAGAGCUGGAGUAUAGACAGGUUAGCAUGGCUGGCCCCUGCCGCCUUCCCCCAUGGAUCCCAGCUGCACCUUGGGGGGCUGGUCACACUUCCCAUCUCAGGAGCUGUUUCUUGUCACUACACUAUGACCAAAUGAAUGUUUUUCUCCUGAUGUGUCCUGCUUGUGCCGUGGGGCCUGCCCUUCACCCACUGGUGGGCCGACGUGCAGGCUGCUCAUGUCUGACCUGUCUCUGCUCUGCUCUGUGACUUGACUACCUGUGGAAAUGUGACCAAUAAGUGUUAAACGCAUGUUUAGCAAGUGUUAGCUGUUUGAACUAAUAAAUGUGAAUUGUUCUGC